AUGAUGAUUUGUUGCCUCCGAGCUCUGCUGUUGUUGGGGGCUCUGCUGCUUCUCUCAGGCUGGGCCCUGACUGCCCCCACAAACCCAAACAACUUCUUCUACCACGACUUCCUCGAUGGAAAUGGCAACAAAGAAAUUUAUUUCAGUGGUGUCAAGCUUCAUAUGGAUUCUGCUCAGACAUCAGUGUUUGCAGUCAGAAGGGGAAACGCCACCAUGCCAUGCAGGUUUUGGCAUGAGCCUGAGGUGAGCUCACCAAGGGAAGUCCGGGUCAAGUGGUCGUGGCUGCCCGCUGCUGGGGGACCUGAGACAGAUGUGCUGGUGACUAUUGGCUCCCGCAGUCGAAGUUUUGGGGAGUUCAGGGGCCGUGUGCAGCUCAGGCAGGACUUCCCAGGAGAUGCUGCACUUGUGAUGACUAGACUCCAGUUGAAUGAUACAGGCCGUUACCGCUGCGAGGUGGUGGACAGACUGGAGGACAAGAGCACUUUGGUUUAUCUGGAGUUACGAGGUGUGGUGUUUUCCUACCAGCACCCUCGUGGUCAUUACCAUCGGAGUUUCCUGGGAGCUAAGCAGGCCUGUGAGGAGCAGGACUCUACACUGGCCACCUCCACACAGCUCUUUCAGUCUUGGAAGGAGGGCCUGAACUGGUGCAAUGCAGGCUGGCUGGCUGAUGGGACAGUCCAGUACCCCAUUACCCGGCCCAGAGUGCCCUGCGGGGGGCACGGCCUUGCUCCGGGUGUCCGGAGCUACGGCAGACGGCACCAGCACCUUCAUCGCUACGAUGUCUUCUGCUUCUCCUCUUCACUGCAAGGGAAAGUCUACUAUUUUCAGCCUUCACACAAGAUGAACCUGACAGAGGCUCGGCAGGCUUGUCAGGUGGACGGUGCAGAGAUCGCCAAAGUCGGACAACUCUUUGCUGCCUGGAAACUCAAAGGGCUGGACCGCUGUGACGCUGGCUGGCUGGCUGACGGAAGCGUUCGGUAUCCCAUCACCAGGCCUCAAACAAACUGUGGUCCCUCUGAGCCGGGGGUGCAAAGCUUUGGCUUCCCUCCUCCCCAGCACAAGCAUGGAGUCUACUGCUACAAACCAGACAAUGAGUGA